UGUGCUGUGUCCCUGGGACACAGUGGAUCACCGAUCAACAGAAAGAACCGAUGACGUCGGCUCGGUCAUGUGAUCAGCUGUAUCCAAUCACAGCUGAUCACUGAUCAUCAGGGCACUGAUGAUCAGUGUGCCCUGAUAAUCAGUGUAGCCCCAGCAGUGCCACCUGUCAGUGUCCAUCAAUGCCACUUGCCAGUGCCCAUCAGUGCCCAUCAAUGCCACAUAUCAGUGCCUACCAGUGCACAUCAAUGCCACAUAUCAGUGCCCAUCUGAGCUGCCUUUCAGUGCCACCUAUCAGUGCCAGUCAGUGCCACCUAUCAGUGCCAGUCAGUGCCACCUAUCAGUGCCAGUCAGUGCCACCUAUCAGUGCUGCUAAUCAGUGCCACCUAAUUGUGCUAAUCAUCAGUGCUAAUCAG